AUGCUUCCAACAGUGAAAACCCCAUUUACCGGCCCAGAGCCCAUCCUACUCAUUGACCAAAGGCUCACCGACCAAAAUGUCUGGGGUCGACUCAGCCACGCCGACCACGCCAUGAUCAUCAAGCUAACGGAACAAUUCAUAGAAAGAGUCAUCGCAGAUGGGUCGCCCGAGUUUAUGGUCAAAUUAGGGCUCCCAAGUGACUUCAAGAAAGACCACAUCCUUGAGAAAUUUUAUUGGCAGUUGGCUCAGUUUUACAGAUACUCGACCCCUUCACGAAUCGCAGAUGCUGUUCCAGCUCUCGAAUUUGUAAUUGACGUCUAUAAACGCUGCAAUCCGAGCGGGAAUCAGAUCGACAUUUUCCCCAUGCUUUACCUUGGCGUUGCCCUCAGCAAGAAACCAGGUGAAGAGGAGAAAGCAAUCGAGACCUUCGAAGAGGCGCUGGACAAUUUGGACAAAGCACCUCAGAUGCCCGUACGUGGCUUGAUUUGGGCCCGUGCAUACUUUAGCAGGACGUUGAGGAAGAAGGGGCGCGUUGAGGAGGCUAAGAAACAAGAGAAGUUCAUUCGGGAAUGGAUUUUGGGACAUCCGUACAGCAUGCCUCCAAGCGAGUUGAAGGAACUCGUAGUGGAAGAUGGCGUGGCUGAUUAUGUCUUUUCUCACCCGGACAUGAAGACUGUUUUCGACCAUAUGGAGGAGAUCAAGGAUCCUGCCACUGGUGCUACUGUGGUCGUUGACAGGAUGAUGGCCAGACAACCUUUCCAAUAG